AUGUCUUAUAACCCUCCUUAUUACAACUCACCUUCCGCUUCUUGCUCGUCUGCUGGCAGCCAGCAAACCCGUUCAUCCUCUACCAACAGUCACCUUCCGUCCUCUCAUUUGGGUAGAGUCCUUCCUUCCAACGAGUCUCAUUCCGUGUCUUCAAGCUAUUACCAUCCGCCUGGUGCAAACCCUUCCUCACAACUCCCCCCUCCUUCGCACGCGUAUCGCACCGCACAACAGUACACAAGCCCUCCAUCGUACGGACACGACGCCCAUUACAGGAUGAAUUAUCCCCAGGACUAUCCAUCGCCACCCAGUCCGGGCCACAGUCGCGGUCACCAGUCCCAGGCCCCCUCGCCAUACCCCUCUGCCAGCACUUCCAGGAGCGUGUCUUCCAUUGACAACCAGAGUCAGACCUCAUCCCGUUCUCAUCUACAAGAUGAAGUCCACCAGUUGCCGACUCCUCCACAGACCGUGUACUCUCCGGCCAGCCCCAGCGUGACGUCCGAGUCCGACGGCACGAUCACGGACAUCGCGUCGCCUCCCGAUUUCAAUGGCUUGCUUUCCUUGGAAAAGAGUGUGGAAUAUCCGAGUACGUUGAAACCCGAAGAGGCUGCAAAGUUUUUCGACGACGUCGAUGUCAAAGAGGAGGAGAAAGAGGGAUGUGUUACUUGGACUGACCCUAUGGGCAAUGUUCACUGGCUGCGGACAUUGGAGAGAUCACCGACACCGACUUUUUUAAGCCCUCAUGCUGACAAGCCUUGGUUCAUACUCCCUGGUCCGAGCUUUACCAGGGCUGAAAGGCAGCAGUGGUCCAUCGUGUUCGAGUGUUCUGAUGAUGCUGCUCCCGGCAUAUCGCUCAUCGAUGCACGCAGAGGCUUCGGGAUCAAGCGCGACGGAAUGAUACCUGGUGUUCCUGUCGAUUGGGAAGAAGCUGUUUUGCGUCCCUACUGGCCUUCGUACUAUCCAUUUGUAUUUCGCGACUCGCCUUUUGAUCAUCAUGAAGAAUACGAGCAUUACACGCUUCCGACGAUGGCCAGGCUUGCGGUACAUGUUGCGCUAGAGUAUGAAUUCCUGUUCUGGGCCAUCAAUCACAUAUCUAACUUCCGCCUCACGCACUUCCCGAUGCUCAAGAUCUUCAACCCCGGCAGCCGCGACCCUACGGGAAUCAGAAUGGACCAGCUUCGUCUCGUCAGGUUGAACUCCCGCGACGGUGAAAUCUACUUCCCGGAAAUCGUCGUCGUCCAAACUUGA